AAAUGGAGCAGCCAUAGAGCAGUAGACAAGAUACACGUAACCCGGCAACAAUAUGCAAUAUAGUCUCUGGUUUGGGCUUUUCGCCGUAGUUGCCGCACCGUUGGUGAGCGCUAACUAUGGUCCAGGUGCUGGCGGACCAAGUGGUUCAUAUUUACCCGGCGGUCCAGGAGCCGGUCUUGAGGAGUAUGUGAAUGUGGCUACUGGUGGCAACCAGCAGGCCAACAAUCAGAUCGCCGCUCAGGCCGAGAUCCAACCCUCACCCGAGGAGGCUCGCCGUUUGGGACGUGUUCAGGCCCAACUUCAGGCUCUCAAUGCCAAUCCCACCUACCAGAAGUUGAAGAACUCCGAGGAUAUUGCCGAAUCGUUGGCCGAAAGCAACUUGGCCAGCAACAUUCGUCAGGGCAAGAUCAAUGUGGUGUCGCCACAGUUCGUUGAUCAGCAUUUGUUCCGUUCCCUGUUGGUGCCAUCGGGCCACAACAACCAUCAGGUGAUCGCCACCCAGCCCCUGCCCCCAAUCAUUGUCCACCAGCCAGGUGCACCACCAGCCCAUGUCAACAGCGGUCCACCAACUGUUGUCCGUGGCAAUCCAGUCAUCUACAAGAUCAAGCCUUCGGUCAUCUUCCAGCAGGAGGUCAUCAACAAGGUGCCCACUCCUCUGAGCCUCAACCCCGUCUACGUGAAGGUCUACAAGCCAGGCAAGAAGAUCGAAGCUCCCCUCGCUCCCGUUGUGGCGCCCAUCUACGGACAGGCCCCAUCCUACGGUAAUGCCGGUGGUGCUGCUUCUGCUGCAUCUGCUGCUGGUGCUGGUGCCUCCGAGGGUGGCUAUGCUGCUCCCCAUGAGGCUCCUCUGUACGCCAGCCCAGCUCCCUAUGGCCAGCAGAACUACUAAACGACUAAUCCACUUCCCUCCAGAAGAAGUAUUAGCUAGUUCAUUGCCAGCGCUCAAUAGGAACGCAAUUUAAUUUAAAACAAAACAAAAAAAGAAAACCAGAAAAAGUUGUUUUUUUUUUCUCAAAUAAAAACUAAGAAAACAAAUGUAAA